CUCAACGAGGAGGACCUCGCUAUUAAGACGGAAUUCGACAAGGCACUUGCUGCUGAGGAGAUACAAUACUGCCUACGCUGUAAAGAGCAGUGGUUCGACGUGGAGCCUAAGGCGGAUGGGGUCUGCAAACGUUGCUACGAUAAGAAUGAUAAGAAACGCCAGGACGAGCCUUUUUUCUUCUCUGCUGAGAACAAGCUGGAUUUUGGCAGUAUACCUGAUGAUUUACCCCGUCUU